AUGGUCAAAUGUAUAAAAUGUACUAAAACAAUUACAAAGAAACUACCUGGAUUGCAGUGUGGCAAAUGUAAUAAGUGGUUACAUGCGUUAUGUGCCGGUCUUACUUCUGAUCAAUUGAUCACCCUGAACUCCACCGAGGCUAUCGACUGGAAGUGUAGAACUUGCGCGGAAGGAACUAAAUCCAGGCGUCUGUCAUGUAUCAUGCCUGAUAUCGAGGAUGAAGGCGACGAUAAUACCGACCCUGAGUUUCUGAUCCCAGACAACAACAUGACGCAGCAAAUUUUACGGGAAAUAAGGAACGAAAUUAAGGACAUUGUUCAGUUUGAAUUACAACGUUCGCUUAAGUACUACUCCGACAAGAUAGACGACUAUGAGGAGCGCAUGAAAUUAUAUGAAACCAGGAUCAAAACGGUCGAAAAUCAGUGCGUUGAUUUGAAAAAUAAUCUCAAAAACAUGUCAUUAAAAUAUGACGUCCUUGAAGGGAAGUGUAACCAAUUAGAGCAAGCACAACUAUCCCAACAGCUGGAAGUCUGCGGAGUCAAGGAAGUGGAACGGGAAGACACGAUGGAAAUAAUAAAGAACGUGGCAUCUAAAAUUAACACCGACAUCUCCGACGUCAUCAAAGCAUAUAGAAAGAAGGUACCAGCCCACAAGCGUACCGAAUCUAAAAGGAUUGAAUCUCCACACAACCCCAUUACCGUUAUUCUGAGGAACGGUGUGCGUAGUGCUUGGCUGGAAGCGAGUAAGAAGGUAAAGUUCUCAGCUCGUGAUAUAGGAGCGGAAGGUGAACAAAAUCUAUACCUACGUGAGUCUUUAACACCGGCUACUGCAUACCUCCUGUGGAAGACAAAAUCAGAACUAAAGCCCCGAGUUGGGCAGUUGUUGAGCGGUGUUUCACCCCCGUGUCUCGGAGAGCACGUAAAGCCGUCGGUCCUGCGCCUUAACUCUCACUGGUCGUGUCGAGUGGUCGUCCCACCGGAGUAUGAGAGUGACAGGAAUAGAGAGUGCACUUGUGCACAUAUUAUAGUGCGCAGUUGGCUAGUCUCAAUGAGAUUGGCCGCCGUGGCCAGAAUCGGUCAGGAGAACAUCACAUCACUUGUAGAGGAAAAA